CUACGUAAGUAAAACCCUGCGUUCCCUUUCCUUUCCCUCUUCCCUGAAGUCCGCACGCCGCCACCACCGCUCCACAGAACAAACUUUCGUCAGCAAACGGCAACUUUGCUUGCUUUCAAUUCUCCUUCCUCUCCGCCUCCAGAUUUUCUCCCUUCCCUCAAACUGCUAUCGCUGCGUCCCCUCAAGCAAGGAGCGCGCGGAUAGCAAUGGGGAUAUUCGAGCCGUAUCGAGCGAUUGGCUAUAUCACCACCGAUGUCCCCUUCUCGGUUCGAAGACUAGGGACAGAGACCUUCGUCACAGUCAGUGUUGGAAAGGCGUGGCACUCCUACAACUGCGCAAAAUUGACCUUGUUUCUUGGAGGUCCUCAAUUACCAAAAAAGAUCAGAUCUCUUGCAUCUUAUAAGGAUUUUACUAUUGCUGCCUAUGGAAAUGAUAUUGGUGUCUUUAAACGUGCUCAUCAGGUAACUACGUGGAGCAGACAUCAGCACAAAGUUAAUCUAUUGCUUGUGUUUGGAGACCAUGUCUUGAGUGUUGAUAUCAAAGGCAAUUUGUUUAUAUGGUCCUUAAGAGGAGAUGAACUGAACCUUGAACCAGUUGGCCAUAUUCUGUUAGAUGACAAAUUCACCCCAACUUGUAUUAUGCAUCCAGAUACUUAUCUUAACAAGAUCAUUAUUGGCAGUCAAGAAGGCCAGUUGCAGUUAUGGAAUGUCAACACAAAGAAAAAGCUGUUUGACUUUACAGGGUGGAAUUCAUCUGUAUGUUGUUGUGUUGCAUCACCUGCACUGGAUGUUGUUGCCAUUGGCUGUUCUGAUGGUACUAUCCAUGUCCACAAUGUGCGCUAUGAUGAAGAAAUAGUGUCCUUUACACAUUCUGAGCGUGGCGCUGUAACAGCCUUAUCAUUCAGAACAGAUGGGCAGCCUUUUCUUGCAUCUGGUGGUUCAUCAGGCGUUAUAAGCAUAUGGAAUCUAGAGAAGAGGAGACUUCAAUCUGUCAUUAGGGAAGCUCAUGAUGGAACGAUUAUUUCACUCCAUUUUUUUGCCAACGAGCCUGUUUUAAUGAGUUCAUCAGCGGAUAAUUCGAUUAAGAUGUGGAUUUUUGAUACAAUUGAUGGGGAUGCUCGCCUCUUACGCUUUCGGAGUGGGCAUAGUGCUCCACCUUUAUGCUUAAGAUUUUAUGGGAACGGGAGGUAUAUCUUAUCUGCUGGUCAAGAUCGGGCUUUUCGUCUUUUCUCUAUUAUUCAGGAACAACAAAGUAGGGAGCUUUCUCAACGUCAUGUAACUAAAAGAGCCAAGAAGCUCAGAGCACGGGAGGAAGAAAUCAAAUUGAAGCCCGUUAUUGCGUUUGACUUUGCUGAGAUUCGUGAACGUGAUUGGUGCAAUGUUGUUACCUGUCAUAUGGACACGCCUCAGGCUUAUGUUUGGCGGCUUCAGAACUUUGUUAUUGGUGAGCAUAUUCUAUCACCAUCAGCAGAUAUCCAAACUCCCAUUAAGGCAUGUGCAAUAAGUGCAUGUGGCAAUUUCUCCAUCUUGGGUACUCAUGGUGGUUGGAUUGAACGGUUUAACCUCCAAUCAGGCAUCAGCCGAGGUAGUUAUAAUGAUAUUUCAGAAUCAAGACAGUAUGCACAUGAUGGUGAAGUGGUUGGAAUUGCUUGUGAUGCUACUAACAGCUCAAUGAUCAGUGCAGGAUAUAAUGGUGACCUCAAGGUAUGGGAUUUUAAAGGACGUGAACUAAGAUCCAAUUGGAAUGUUGGAAAACAUGUAAUUAAGUUGGUGUAUCACCGAGUAAAUGGUCUUUUGGCAACUGUAUUGGAGGAUAUGGUUAUUCAGCUGUAUGAUGUAGUGGCACUGAGGAUGGUUCGGAAAUUUGAAGGUCAUAAAGAUCGCAUAACUGAUUUGUGCUUUAGUGAUGAUGGCAAAUGGCUGCUAUCUUCAAGCAUGGAUGGAAGUCUACGAAUUUUUGAUGUCAUAUUAGCAAGGCAAAUAGAUGCAAUUUCUGUUGAUGUUCCAAUAACAGCAUUGUCUCUGUCUCCUGCAAUGGAUGUUUUGGUUACAUCCCAUGUUGAUCAGAAUGGAGUACACCUUUGGGUUAAUCAAGCUAUGUUCUCUGGAGCAUCCAAGAUGGAUUCUUAUGCAAGUGGAAAUCAAGUAAUGAGUGUCAAAAUGCCAACUGUUACCUCAAAUGGAGGAGCCAACAAAGAAGAAACUUCUAGUCCUGAAAAUGUUAAUGCAAUUCAGAAUGCCUAUUGUAUUCCUCAACUUGAUAAACAGAUGCCUAAUCUGAUUACUCUUUCAUUGCUGCCUAGGAGCCAAUGGCAAAGUCUGACUAAUUUGGAUAUUAUUAAGGUUCGCAACAAGCCAGUUGAGCCGCCAAAACAACCAGAAAAGGCUCCUUUCUUUUUACCCUCAGUUCCUACUCUUUCUGGGCAGAUAUUAUUUGAGGCUGACAGUGAAACUACUGCAGUAAAAGAUAAAGAAAAGAUGAAAAACCAGAAGGCUGUGGUUCUAUCUUCACAGUUUAUUCUUCUACUGAAUUCUUGUGUGGAGACAAAAAAUUUUUCAGCAUUCACAGAUUACAUUAAAGGUUUAUCUCCAUCAGCUCUAGAUUUGGAACUCCGUAUGCUACAGAUUGUAGAUGAGGAUAACUUGGAGAAACUAGAUCAAAGACAACCUGAACUUCAGUCUAUUGGAAUGCUACUUGACUACUUAAUUCAUGAGAUUUCUUGCAGGAAUAACUUUGAGUUUAUUCAAGCUGUUAUAAAAUUGUUUCUGAAGAUUCAUGGUGAAACACUGCGUCAUCACUCAAUGCUCCAAGAAAAAGCAAAAAGGCUUCUUGAAGUUCAAAGCACAGUCUGGCAGAAGAUAGACAAAAUGUUUCAGAGUGCUAGAUGCAUGGUUACAUUUCUGAGCAAUUCACAGUUCUGAUUGUCAGGUGGACUUCUAUUUAUUUAUGAAGAGUUUGUUUCUGCAGUUUUUGAUACACAAUCCUCUGCCAUAUUUAUUGCUCGCAUUGAUAUGUACUCUAUAUCGAAUCUCACCAAAUUACUCCUAGCAAAGCGUUUAUACGCCAGGGACACUAAUUUUCUCUGGCAAUCUCUUGCCAUAAGUUACUGAUUGCUCAAAUUUAUUUGGAGAUGCACCAACUACACGGUUGAUCUACUUAGCUUGUUUUUCAUCAGCAGAAGCUCUUCAUCCCACCACCAGAUUUUCGAUAGAAUGAGGCUUUUGCAUGACCAAGUGUUGUAUCACGAUACUUUGCACUCAAGUGGAGGAUCAACUGCGACCCGCAUGAUCUUCUUAGCCUUUUCACGAGUUACUUAGUUUCAUUUUGUAUCAAGUCAAAUUAUUAUAAACUUUAGUGGUUUUAGGACUUGUAUCCUUUUCCACUCACGACGUUCGAAAAUGUGUAUUCGUAGGAUGUAAAUUCAAGUGGUUUAUAUGAUUUUUGUAGACUAAUUCCGAAUUUUACACAAGUUGUAACAUUUCUUGUUUAACAUGAUCAAUUUAUCAUUAAAAUGCCUCCAUUUGCAGA